GGGCCAAGUGGCCUCCCAAUCAGACCUGGGCCACUCCAGCUGUGUCCUGAGAAGCUGGACCAACUACAUCCCCUGGGGCUGGAGCUGAAGCUGAACCAAGUGGCCAUCCAGGCUCAAGACCAUAGAUUCCUGGCUCCAGGAGAAGCUAGACCAGCGACCAGGCGGGCGGGCUUGCGUGGAGAGACACUGGUGCUCAGCGCACUGGCUGUCCGCAGGGCACCAUGGCGCUGCAAGUGGAGCUGAUACCCACCGGGGAGAUCAUCCGCGUGGUUCACCCCCACAGGCCCUGCAAACUCGCCCUGGGCAGUGACGGGGUGCGGGUGACCAUGGAGAGCGCACUGACCGCCCGUGACCGGGUGGGGGUGCAGGAUUUUGUGCUGCUAGAGAACUUCACCAGCGAAGCAGCCUUCAUCGACAACCUGCGACGGCGCUUCCGGGAGAACCUCAUUUACACCUACAUUGGCCCCGUACUGGUCUCUGUCAACCCCUACCGGGACCUACAGAUCUACAGCCGGCAACACAUGGAGCGUUACCGUGGCGUGAGCUUCUAUGAAGUGCCCCCCCACCUGUUCGCAGUGGCCGACACCGUGUACCGGGCAUUGCGCACAGAGCGCAGGGACCAGGCAGUGAUGAUCUCUGGGGAGAGCGGGGCAGGUAAGACAGAGGCCACCAAGAGGCUGCUGCAGUUCUAUGCAGAGACGUGCCCAGCCCCUGAGCGAGGGGGUGCAGUGCGGGACCGGCUGCUGCAGAGCAAUCCUGUGCUGGAGGCCUUUGGGAAUGCCAAGACCCUUCGGAAUGAUAACUCCAGCCGGUUUGGAAAGUACAUGGAUGUGCAGUUUGACUUCAAGGGUGCCCCUGUGGGAGGCCACAUCCUUAGUUACCUCCUGGAGAAGUCCCGAGUGGUGCACCAGAACCACGGAGAGAGGAACUUCCACGUCUUCUACCAGCUGCUGGAAGGGGGCGAGGAGGAGACGCUCCGCAGGCUGGGCUUAGAGCGGAAUGCCCAGAGCUACCUGUACUUGGUGAAGGGCCAGUGUGCCAAAGUCUCCUCCAUCAAUGACAAGAGUGACUGGAAGGUGGUCAGGAAGGCUCUGACAGUCAUCGAUUUCAGCGAGGAUGAAGUGGAGGACCUGCUGAGCAUUGUAGCGAGUGUCCUGCAUUUGGGCAACAUCCACUUUGCUGCCGAUGAAGAUAGCAACGCCCAGGUGACCACUGAAAACCAGCUCAAGUAUCUGACCAGGCUCCUCGGUGUGGAAGGUUCGACGUUGAGGGAAGCCCUGACACACAGGAAGAUCAUCGCCAAGGGAGAAGAGCUCCUGAGUCCGCUGAACCUGGAGCAGGCAGCAUAUGCCCGGGAUGCUCUGGCCAAAGCCGUGUACAGCCGCACUUUCACCUGGCUGGUCGGGAAAAUCAACAGAUCACUGGCCUCCAAGGAUGCUGAGAGUCCCAGCUGGCGGAGCACCACAGUCCUUGGGCUCCUGGACAUCUAUGGCUUUGAGGUGUUUCAGCACAACAGCUUUGAGCAAUUCUGCAUCAAUUAUUGCAAUGAAAAACUGCAGCAGCUCUUCAUUGAGCUCACUCUCAAAUCCGAACAGGAGGAGUACGAGGCCGAGGGCAUUGCGUGGGAGCCAGUCCAGUAUUUCAACAACAAGAUCAUCUGUGACCUGGUGGAGGAGAAGUUCAAGGGCAUCAUCUCCAUUUUGGAUGAAGAGUGUUUGCGUCCUGGGGAGGCCACAGAUCUGACCUUCUUGGAGAAAUCGGAGGACACGAUUAAGCAUCAUCCACACUUUCUGACGCACAAGCUGGCAGACCAGCGGACCAGGAAAUCUCUGGACCGGGGCGAGUUCCGCCUUCUGCACUAUGCUGGCGAGGUGACCUACAGCGUGACUGGGUUUCUGGAUAAGAACAAUGACCUCCUCUUCCGGAACCUGAAGGAGACCAUGUGCAGCUCGAAGAAUCCCAUUAUGAGCCAAUGCUUUGACCGGAGUGAGCUCAGUGACAAGAAGCGGCCAGAGACGGUUGCCACUCAAUUCAAAAUGAGCCUCCUGCAGCUGGUGGAGAUCCUGAAGUCUAAAGAGCCUGCCUACAUCCGGUGCAUCAAACCAAAUGAUGCUAAGCAACCCAGCCGCUUUGAUGAGGUCCUGGUCCGGCACCAGGUAAAAUACCUGGGGCUGAUGGAGAACCUGCGAGUCCGCAGAGCAGGCUUUGCCUAUCGGCGCAAAUACGAAGCUUUCUUACAGAGGUACAAGUCGCUAUGCUCAGAGACCUGGCCCACAUGGCCGGGGCGGCCUCAAGAUGGGGUGGCUGUGCUGGUCAGACACCUCGGCUACAAGCCAGAAGAAUACAAGAUGGGCCGGACCAAGAUCUUCAUCCGUUUCCCAAAGACCCUGUUUGCCACAGAGGACGCCCUGGAGGUCCGGCGGCAGAGUCUGGCCACACAGAUCCAGGCCACCUGGAGGGGCUAUCACUGGCGGCAGAAAUUCCUCCGAGUGAAGCGAUCAGCCAUCUGUAUCCAGUCAUGGUGGCGUGGAACGCUGGGCCGGAGGAAGGCGGCCAAGAGGAAGUGGGCGGCAGAGACAAUCCGGCGGCUCAUCCGUGGCUUCAUCCUUCGCCAUGCACCCCGUUGCCCUGAGAAUGCCUUCUUCCUGGACCAUGUGCGUACCUCUUUUUUGUUCAACCUACGCCGGCAGCUGCCCCAGAACGUCCUGGACACCUCCUGGCCCACUCCCCCACCUGCUCUGCGUGAGGCCUCAGAGCUUCUUCGGGAGUUAUGCAUGAAGAACAUGGUGUGGAAAUACUGUCGGAGUAUUAGCCCUGAGUGGAAGCAACAGCUGCAACAAAAGGCUGUGGCCAGUGAGAUCUUCAAGGGCAAGAAGGAUAACUAUCCCCAGAGCGUCCCCAGGCUGUUCAUCAGCACCCGGCUCGGUACAGAUGAGAUCAGCCCCAAAGUGCUGCAGGCCCUGGGCUCUGAGCCUAUCCAGUACGCAGUACCUGUGGUGAAAUAUGACCGCAAGGGCUACAAGCCUCGCUCCCGGCAGCUGCUGCUGACGCCUAAUGCCAUCAUCAUCGUGGAGGACACCAAAGUCAAACAGAGAAUCGAUUACGCCAACCUGACCGGGAUCUCUGUCAGCAGCCUGAGUGACAGCCUCUUUGUGCUUCAUGUGCAGCGUGAGGACAAUAAGCAGAAGGGGGAUGUGGUGUUGCAGAGUGACCACGUGAUUGAGACACUGACCAAGACAGCCCUCAGCGCCGAUCGUGUGAACAACAUCAACAUCAACCAGGGCAGCAUCACAUUUGCAGGGGGCCCCGGCAGAGACGGGAUCAUUGACUUCACACCUGGCUCGGAGCUGCUCAUUGCCAAGGCCAAGAAUGGGCACCUGGCUGUGGUGGCCCCACGGCUGAAUUCUCGGUGAUGAAGGUGCCUACUGGACCCCCUCCAUCCCCGAUGCUUUGCUUAUCCCCUCCCCCUUCCCAGUUACCAAAGACUCGAGCUUCCAGACAGGGAUCCAGGGACACCUCGAAGCCCACCUGCAAACUCCUGCCUUCUGCUCACCCCCCACUUCGCAGGGGCAUCAGAGGGCCAAGGAGCUACCCCAGGAGUGGGCCAGGCCGGGCCACAGCAAUAGGAAAGCCGGGGCCUGGACAAGCUCUGCCAGCCCCACUGCUGAUGCCAAAUAUUUGAGAGAAGGGAACUUUUGCUGAAGUUUUCUGUGAGAUUUUUUGAUGCUUUAUAGGAAACUAUUUUUUAAAAAAGCCAUUUUCCCACCCCAAGACAUACUGGAUGUGUUCUCCUUGAUUCCAACCAGGCAGGGUAUGCAGCUGAGAGGUACGGAGGCGGGCCGGGCUCUGGUGCCCCCUUCCCUGCCCAGGCCACCCUCUUCUCCUCGUUCCCUUUGACACCUUGUCUGUCUGCCUGCCUGCCCGCCCUCCCACCUACACCCUUUGCAGCCCACUCGGACCUCCUUCUGAAGGCUGAGACCACCCUUGCCUGUUCUCUUCCUGCCUUAAGAACGCCCUUUUA